AUGGGUACCGGAAAAAAAGAGGCCACUCGUAAGGAGCGGCAAGGGAAGAAUAGUGAUGGCAUGGGCAACGUUCGGACCAAAGGUGAAAACUUCUACCGUGAUGCUAAGAAGAUUAAGCACCUGAAUAUGUUCAAGGAUGGCAAGGCUCGGCGAAAUGCUGCAGGAGACAUCACCGUAGCCGCCUCCUACCAGUCUCGCGAUACGCCCACUGCUCGUAUCGAACCGAACCGGAAAUGGUUCGGCAAUACCCGAGUCAUCUCACAAGAAGCACUCACCUCAUUCCGAGAGGCUGUUGCGGAACGUGCGUCAGAUCCUUACCAGGUGCUGCUGAAGACAAAUAAGCUUCCCAUGAGCUUGAUCCGAGACAAUGACACUGUCAACGGCUUGAAGCAGCAUCAGGCCAAGAUGGAAAUUGAGAACAACCCUUUCAAUGACACAUUCGGUCCCAAGGCUCAAAGGAAGCGAGUUAAGCUUGCUGUCACUUCGCUCGAGGACCUAGCUGGCGAGACCGCGAAAAAUCAAGACUCAUAUUAUGACAAGCAGGAUCAAGGCACACACGAGGAUGGUACCCCCAUCGUCGCUAGUGAUGUCACCGUCGGCUUCACUCAGGAUAGCACCUUGACUACGUCUCGAGAGAGUGUUUUCCUCAAGGGUCAGAGUAAGCGUAUCUGGAAUGAGCUGUACAAGGUAAUCGACUCGUCAGAUGUGGUCAUUCACGUUAUUGAUGCCCGUGACCCCAAUGGAACUCGCUGCCGCAGUGUUGAAAAAUACAUUCGCGAAGAGGCUCCUCACAAGCAUCUUAUUUUCGUGUUAAACAAGUGCGAUCUCGUCCCUACCGGUGUCGCUGCUGCCUGGGUUCGUCAUCUUUCAAAAGAUUAUCCGACUCUUGCUUUCCACGCUUCUAUCAACAAUUCAUUCGGAAAGGGGUCCCUGAUUACUCUUCUCCGCCAAUUCUCGUCCCUGCACUCCGACCGCAAGCAGAUAUCAGUGGGCCUGAUUGGUUACCCCAACACUGGCAAAUCCUCCAUCAUCAACACUCUUCGUAAGAAGAAGGUCUGUACUGUCGCUCCUAUCCCUGGUGAGACCAAGGUUUGGCAGUAUGUCACAUUGAUGAAGCGGAUCUACCUCAUUGACUGCCCUGGUGUGGUCCCGCCCAAUCAAAACGACACCGAGGAGGAUAUUCUUCUUCGCGGUGUCCAGCCCCGCCACCUGGAGCGCACCUACGGGAUAAAAGAGCCAAAGGACGCCGUUGAUCUUCUGAGCAGACUAGCUCGUAAAGGUGGUCGCCUUCUCAAGGGCGGUGAGCCUGAUUUGGACGGUGUUGCAAAGAUGAUCAUUAAUGACUUCCUGCGUGGCAAGAUCCCUUGGUACACACCUCCUCCCAAGGCAGAUCAAGGAGACGGCGCCGCUGAUGAGAAAAUCGAGGGCCGAGAUGGUCGCCUUGGGGAGAUGGGCCGCAAGCGUAAGCUUGAUGAAACCGAACCUGCUGAAGAGAAAGCCUCUUCAGACUCCCAAGAUGACGAUGAGUUCGAAGGAUUUGACGAGGAUGACGAUGAUAACGAUUCUAUUGCGAACCUGGAGGUCAGCGAUGUUGAAAGUGGCGAGGAGGACUGA